AAUUGUCAUCGGUUAUUGUGCUUACUGAAAAUUUCGCCAUAGACAUAACUACACAUUUAAGGCAAAUAAAAAGCAUUUAAAAGUUAAGAAAAGCAAAAAAGAAGUUAACAAAACCGUAGUAAAUUUACAGACUGAAAAUAAGAAAAGUAAAAACGUUAUUUUAGAACGAAUUUGCAGCCUCUGUGUCGCUUGCAAGCGCCAUGGCAAAAGUACAUAUUACAAACGUGGUCGUAUUGGACAAUCCCAGUAGCUUUUUUAAUCCCUUUCAGUUUGAGUUAACGUUCGAGUGUAUUGAAGAACUGAAAGAGGAUCUGGAAUGGAAAAUGAUAUAUGUUGGUUCUGCUGAGUCAGAGGAGUAUGAUCAAGUGUUGGAUACGAUAUACGUAGGUCCCGUACCAGAAGGCCGUCACAUAUUUGUCUUUCAAGCGGAUCCUCCCGAUGUGACGAAAAUUCCAGAACAAGAUGCUGUAGGCGUGACGAUAGUAUUGCUUACUUGCUCGUAUCGUGGCCAAGAGUUUGUUCGCGUUGGAUAUUUCAUUAAUAAUGACUAUGCAGACCCCGAAAUGCGAGAAAACCCGCCGCCUAAGCCUCUGUUUGAUAAACUUACACGUAAUAUAUUAGCAACAAAGCCGCGCAUCACCCGCUUCAAAAUAAAUUGGGAUGACGCACCCUCUAAUGGACUACUGAACGGUAAUGGGCAAUUAAAUGCGCAUGCGAUGGACGAUAGAGAUGACGGCGCUUCGACUUCGGCAGCGGCGGGAGCAAUAAGACCUGGAUCAAACGGUAAUGGGUUCAAUAGUGCUGGUUGCGAAUCGAUGGACACACCAGAAGCAAUUUGCGAUGAUAAUAGUCUGAACAUGCCAAUCGAAAAUGGUGUUACUGCACUUAAUGAAAAUUCGAAUUCGCUUGCCAUGGAGUGCUAGGAUAUUUCUAGUUUACCUAAGUCAUCGCCUGUUUAUAUCAUCCUGUUUACAAGUAUUUUUGUACCUAAUAUCUGUCACACCACAACCAGUUAGUAAUGCAUAUGCAUCGGCCUGGAAAUAUCUCAUUGUUUUUUUCUCAAUUGUCGCUAAUUCAGCUUUUUUCGGUUUAUAAUUUAGGUUUUUUUUUUGCAUUUUCGCUAAUAGAAUUAUAGUUUAUUGAAGAUGUUUAGUAAUCUAAUAAGCUAAUUAAUGGAAAUUAAUUUAUAAAUAUAGACAACUUUAAUUAUAAUUAAAAUCUGUUUGUAAUUAAAUGUUAUCACUUAAUAUGUACAAAAGAAUGUUGUCUGUGCUGAGGGAUCGGUACUAUGACACAUGAAUGCACA